AUGCCUGAUAUGGUCGGUGGAUUUGCAGAACUGUUCGAAAUAUUCGCUAAGAAUGGAUCGUCUGUGAAGGAGUUUCUAACGGUAAGGACGGUGUGUUCCAUCGUUUUGACGUGCUUACACUCGAGUGCAAGAUUCGUCGCUGAAGUUUGUGGAGUUGAACACGCUAUGCAACUAAACGAAGCAAUUCUUGCUAGGUCAGUAUGGAUCAAACUGCCAGUUUUCACUGAGCCACAGAACCCAAAGAAUCAACGCAUAAUUGUUCGGCUAUGCGUCUGUGCUAUCAUCAAGAUGAUAUCGUAA